UCCCUUCAUCAGUGAGCUGAGCCUGAGCCCCCGCUACAUAUGUGGUUCCUUCCGCCUGUAAAAUAACGACAUAUAGUAUGUGCCUGCCUGCCCCUCGCCAUCCCCAUUUCCUCCACCUUCCUACUACAGCUGCUUUCCGAUGGAUCACAGCGGCAGCGUCAGCGCCGGCGGCAAGAUGAUGGUGAAGGCGGCGGCGGCGGCGGAGUCGGCUUCUACCAACGAACGCACCCAGAGCUUCAGCGGCUGCAAUUCAGAGAAAUUUUACCAUAUCGAAAGCCCUCAUAAGAAAAGGAAGUCUCAGUAUGAGCUGAGUGAUACUAGGGUUUCAUCACUGAAGUACAAGUUUCGGAACAGAUUAGCUUGGCAGGAAGAUGAAUCUUCAAGAACAGAAAGCUUAGGAUGCAACAGUAUUUUCGUCAACAGGAACUAUGACAUGGAUAUGGUGAACAGAGUUGAAGAAUUGGAGUCCUGUGACAACACCCAAAGCCUUAUUGGUGGGUGCAUUGAAGUGGACUCUAUAAACGGAAUCGAGAGCCACAAAAUGCUGAAGGUCCAGGCAUUUUCAUCCAGCAGCUCAAGCAACAACAUUUCAUCUGAUGCCUUCACUUCUUCCCGUAGUAAUGGCACCAAAGAUACUGACAGUUGGGAUAUGCAGCACCUGGAGUAUGAUCACCCUGGUCUAAUGCUGCUACCAUAUGAUGAUGACAUAGAGGAGGCAUACGAUGUACUAGGACAAUAUGAUGUUGUAAUGAAAAAUGAUCUAGCGAGUGGUGAUGUUGAUGGUUCUGCUGCUGGUGUCAUAGAUGAGAAGCUUUACUCGAAUGGAAUAGAAGAUUUACUCAUAUUGCCAAGAGGCCAGAAUAGCAUUCAUGACGAGAAGAAUAAGCUGACGAUCGAUCAAGAGUUUGAGCAGUAUUUUACAAGGCUCAUGCUUUAGCAUUGAUGAUGUCAUAAAUCUCCGCUCUGUUCAACAUCGGAAGACGCUUUGCUCCCUGCAGUCAGUGUGUGAUUUGAGCUUAGCCCUGCACGAGCGAAUGCGAGUGUUAGCUGCUAUAGGAGCUAGGUGCCUAUUUUUGUACAUCUUCUUCACUGCUAUGUAUAUAUGUCUUCUGAGUUCUGAACGGACUAAUGUACUCCUCUGAAGUCUGAUCACUCGUUCCUCCAGUGCAUCAAAUCGCUUACUUUAAUGUAUGUGUCUGCCUAUGUGUAGUUGUAUAUGCAAAUAUCGUUUGCCA